UAGAUGAUUCCUGCUAUCAGCCGCUUCAACGGAUCAUGGAUGGUACUUUCGAAUACAAACAUUUCGAGUAGAUAUUUAGUAAUCGCUAUUUUACGCGCAUAUGGAUUGUUCAGGAGAUCGUACUCGCUCAGAAGGUUCAGAUCAUGAGUGGCGAUCUCUUAGUCGACUGGCUCCACUUUAGAAGAACGUUCUCCGAACUUGAGAGGACUAUGCUACGCAGGAACAACAAUAUAGCAACCUGGUUGUUCUCCGACGUUAUGACGAAGAAUCCAUCAGGUCCUAAAAGUAAGUUCUUAUGGAGCUUGUCUGAUCGCCUUGAUCUCUACUCGCAAUUUGAGUGCGAAGACCCUCGUGACAAAGUAUACGGGCUCCUGGGGAUAGUCAACCGUUCUUCCAGUGUCCCAGAGAUCGACUAUAACAAAUCGAUUCAGCAAGUCUAUUUCGAUACGGUGCGUAUUCUCUUGACAGAGAAGGGGGAAGAGCCCCACAACGGACUUUUGGAAAUAUCUGCAAAGCUUAGCCACGACAUGCAUCUUUGUAGAAAACAACAGAGGGUAUUAAGCAAGGUGUUUGGUGACAUUCGGCGGCGCGUGGUCAGCAACGCUCAGAAGACUGGAGAAUCCCCAGUCGUCGACGCUAUUGGUUUCCGGACGUCAGGAGUAUGGAAUGAAUGGUGGUAUGAACAACUUGGACAAAGGGUGUCUUUUCGGGGAUGGCUUGGGGGAAGAUUAGUGUGCAAAAGCAUCCGCCCAAGUGGAUAGAAAACUCGUAUGAAGAGUAGGCUGUUGGUGGCACUUCAUACAUGGA